GGAAGGGAUGAGGGGAAGGAGGAGAAAAUCUGAAACACAAGGCUAUGCAAGGGGCAAUGAUGUCAAAUUAUCUGUGCAUAUGUUUUGAAAAUAAAAGGCUUUAUUUGAAAAAAUAAAACACUCAGCACAUAGUAGAUUAAAAAAAAUGGAAUAUAGUGCAGAGGACAUUGAAUUUGGAGUUUCAAAACCUAGGCUACAUUCCCACUUCUGCCCUACCCACCAUUCCCAAAGCUUUCAUCUGAAAAGUGAGAUGGUUGUUUCAAAUACUUGCAUUCUAGACAUUUAUCAGUUUAGCUAUCAAAGAUUUAUUUCUUAGAGCUAGAAAAUAAUAACAAAAUAAAUCUUGAAGAACAAAUGGUCAAAGAUAUCUAGGGAAGUGAUCAAAAAAAAAUGUGAAGGACAGUACUGUAGGCAUACCAGAUCUCAAACAGUAUUAUAAAGCAGUAAUUUUCAAAAACAAUCUGGAACUAGCUAAAAAGAAAAAGAAGGGUGGAUAAUUAGAAAAAAUAAAUACAAACUACAUAAUAGUAAAUUAUCAUAGUAAUCUAUGAUAAACUCAAAAAUCCAAGUUUUUGGAACAAAAACUCAUUAUUUGACAAAUAAAUUGGAAAACAACAUGACAGAAACUAAGUAUAGACCAAUAUUUCAUACUCUCUACCAAGAUAAAGUCAAAAUUAGUACAUGAUUUAUACAUAAAAGAUAAUAUUAUAAGCAGAUUAGGAAAGCAUGGAACAAUUUCUCUGUAAGGUCUAUGAACAAGGAAAGAAUAAAGAACUAAAGAAAACAUAGAGAACAUUGCUAAAUGCAAGAUUCCUUUUUUAUCUCUCCAUGAAUCUAUUAAAUUCUAUCCACUAUCCACUCUCCAAUCAAUUCAGUUACUACAAAUAAAAGGACUCUUGACAUCUUUUGUAUCAUGGAUCCCAGGAGGUGAAAUGUUUUUAAAUGAAAAUAAAACAUGGAAGAUUACAAAAGAAACCAAUUAUUUUGAAAUGUCAUAAAAAAAAAUUUUUUAAACCACUUCAGGGCCCCAGAUUAAGACACUUACCUCUACAAUAAUAAUAUCUCCAUUUUAGUAGCCUCCCUUGAGUGACCUCUCCUUGUGUUUUUCAUGAGCCUCAUUUUAAAUGAAGUUUUUAAAGAGGAAAUGCUUGUUCAUCAAUUUUGCUCAUUCCAAUUAUAAGUGCAUUUCUUGGUAACACUUCCUCCUCCAGGGAAGCAGGCAACAAAUAUUAGGUAAGCACUUAUUACAGGUCAGACCCUAUGCUUACUGCUUGGAAAUAUAAAUAAAAGUAAAAAAGAAAGACAGUCCCUGCCUUCAAGAAGCUUACCUUCUAAUAAGUAAGCCCAUCUUCCCACUCCAUUGCUAGGAUGUCCUUCAUCUAUGAUAUUCUGUUUUAAAAGUAUGAAUUCAAUUGCUCUCCACUCUUCCCUUUCUCUUCUCUUGUUAUACCCUGAAUAAAAAAAAUUAUUAUAGCCACCCUCCCUACCAUGCCAUUAGGACUGGGAGAAAUGAUUCAGGAAAAUCCUUGAAGCUCGGACCAUCUUCACAUACCAUAGGGACACAAUGAAGGAUAGAAAAGAAAAACAAUAUCUAGGUGCCCGCCACUCUGACUCCAUCCUUGUCCAAAACUACCCUGGGAAUAGAAUUAUGUUAUGCCAUCUAAAACCCUAAGUUAUAAACCCUAUCUAUCCAAGAAUGGUCCUCUUCUCUUGUCUGAUAGGGCCUGAGCCAAAUCCAUAAACUGUAUUUACGAAGUUAACUUCUCUCUCCCUGCUUUCUCUUUGAAAUAAAGAUAUCAAUAGCUGCAAAAUGUUGGAUUAAUUGCACUCUCGGCUUCUGUUUCUUGCUUGCAAACCCUAAUUAACUAAAAAUUGACCUUAAAUGUCUUCUACUUGUUCUCUCAAUGGCCAUCAGAUAAAGUAAGAUUUCUUAGUAAGUAAAUAUCAUAACUGUUUAGUUUCUUAAGUUUUUAAAGUGAAAUCCUAUAUCAAAAUCCUGACCAUGUCACUCCACUCCCUCUCAAUAAAGCCAGUGGCUCCCAAUCACCACCACAAUCAAAUAUAAAAUCCAAAGCCCUUUAAAACCUGUGCUGCAUCCCACCCCAACCUGUUCUGACCUUUCCAGUCUUUUUCUAUCUUAAAUUACCUCCUCCCUUCCGACCACAGUCCCACAUACUUGUGCAAAUGAUACUGGUCUCCAUAAGCUCUCUCAUCUCCUGACUUGAGGCAUUAGCACUGGCUGUGCCUCAUUCCUCAUGGUUUUCUAGACUCCUUCAAGUCCUAGAUGAAAUUAUACCUUUUACAGGUUUCCUGAUCCUUUCUCAUUCUAGAGCCUUCUCUCUGUUGAUUAUCUCCAACUUAACCUGUAUAUAACUUGUUUGUACAUAGUUAUAGAAUAGUUAAAGCAUUUUAAAGAGGCAUAAACAACUUGAGUCAGAAAAAUGUUUCACUCAUGAGCAGGAACUUGAAACUCGCUAAGGAUUUCAAAAAGUAAAAUUCAUUUCAAGUAUGAGACACAGUCUGCAACACAAUGUAGGAAAUACAACAUCAGGUAAGUCUUUUUGUCUAGAAGGUAAAGUGAAUGAAAAUGAGUCAUGUGAAUCAGUGCAGAAAGUUAAAUUGGUAUCAGAUAGAGAAGCACUUUUAUACCAGAAAGAUAAACAAGAGGGUACUUUUUCAAUUUCUCUUUUUUUCAUUUCAAAGGUGAUAUCAAGAUCAAAGAAGAAAUAACCAGCAAGAAGAUCUUGGACAGAAAUCAAAUACCCACAUGAAGAACACAAUGGUCAUCUCCAUUGUAACUGUCCUGAUGUUUCAGCUUAUUAUAUCUGGAGAAUCACUGGAACUGCAAAAUUAUCAAAUGAGCUUUGAACACAAUUCUUUUGAUGACCAAUAUAGGGGCUGUGAAAAGACCAUGAAUAUAAAGGCAAUAGAGCUCUUAAAAGAAGAAAGGGCAAAAAACCCAGAAUUCAAUAAAGUUUGGGAAAAAGCAGAAAAUCAUUGGAAAAAUAUGUCUCCUGACAAAAAAAAAAUGGACAAGAUGUUUGAAAUUGCUGUCAUUGCUUAUACAUUGGAAGACUAUCAGAUGUAUCAAAUCUUUAAUCAAGCAGUGAAAGGAUGCUGUGAGUCCCUGGAGUCUUAUGUGAAAAACUUCCAUUUCAAAGCUUUCCAUUUCUAUCUCACCAGGGCUAUUCAAACCCUGGAAAGAUCCUGCAGAAAGGUUUAUAGAGGGGUCAAAGUGAAGGUGUACCCUGAUAGGAAAGGAAAAAUGCGCUUUGGUCAAUUUGCUUCAGCCUCUAAGAAUGUAAAUGUAGCCAAAAAUUUCUCAGGUAACUUAGGGACCAUCUACUAUGUGAACACAUGUGAGGGAGCUUCCAUUGAACAUUUAUCCAAUGAUCCUAAACAAGAGGAGGUGCUGAUCCCCCCAUAUGAAGAGUUUGAUGUCACUAAGUUCUCUGAAGAUGCCAAAGGCAUUACAAUGGUUCAUCUAACUAGUAAAAGAAAAUCUAGCAAGUAUAACUGUGCCUUAGUAGGUUCUGGUAAUAAGGCAACCGUCCCUGGACAACUUACAACCAUCUUAUUCUCUGGAGUCUUCAUCCUAGUCUUCCAAGCUCAUUCUCAGACCUUGACAGGAUUCUAGCUACCCUGGGGCCCCAGACAAUGAUGCCAGUAAAUGUUUACCAAUUGCUCUUCCCCAUCCUUACCCCAUCUGCAAAAAGGAAUGUACCCAAGACACACUUUUAAGUAUAAUCUGUAACAUUGUUUUUUUCUACCACUUUCCUAAGUCUAGACUAGCAAUAAAAAAUAGUUGAUGUACUAUUUGCCAAUUUCUAAGUGUAAAUACUCACACUGAAAAUGUAAUAAUUAACUUCCUAAGAUAGGUUGGAGCUAGUUCUAGAACAUACAUGCAUGUAGGUCUCCCUCAGCUCCAUGUCUGCUUAUCAAUAGCUCAACUAGGGCAAGUUAGAGAGGAGGGUAGCUUGAGUCUAGUCUUAUCUUUCCCCACAACAAUCCAUAGAAAGGGUUAACAUGGAAAUAUUUUAAAGGCGUCACCAAAUCAUAAAUUGUAAGAUCAUCAAAUUGAAAUAAAAGAUAAAUGAUUUCUAA